UGUUAUCACCAAAUUUCCAAUUGAUUUCCGGCCACACAAAAUUCAUUUCCCCUCCACAAAACCCACCUCCAGUUCUUUCCCGUUAUCCCUUCCUUCAUAGUUAUCCCUCACCUCUGUUUCUAUUCCUUCUUCACCCCAAGAAAAGAACACACUCAGUGUGUGUAUCACUGUGUGUUCAGAGGAAAAAAUGGCGGCAGCAUCAGCAGAGUCUGUGAUGAAAAUGUCAUCUAAUGCUUCUUCAACGCUCUGCAACUUAAAUGGUUCUUCGAGGAGGCCUAUGCCGCCCGUAUCCCACUCUGCACGGCGUCGUAGGAGUAAUUCUUCCGCCAGAGUUCGAGCUCUUUCGUCAUCGUUUCUUGGGAGUGUUGGGCUCACUUCAACUGUCACAAAGCUCUCGGCUUUGCAACAGAAACAGCAAAGGAGGAACUUCUCUGUCUUUGCCAUGGCUGCUGCGGAGAGGACUGUGCCGUUAAAGGACUAUCGUAAUAUCGGAAUUAUGGCACAUAUAGAUGCAGGGAAGACUACAACAACUGAGCGAAUCUUGUACUACACUGGUAGAAACUACAAAAUCGGUGAGGUGCAUGAGGGAACAGCCACAAUGGACUGGAUGGAGCAAGAACAAGAAAGAGGGAUUACCAUUACCUCUGCUGCAACUACUACAUUUUGGAACAAGCAUCGAAUUAACAUAAUUGAUACUCCUGGCCAUGUUGACUUCACCCUAGAAGUUGAGCGCGCUCUGAGGGUUUUAGAUGGUGCAAUAUGCUUGUUUGACAGUGUUGCUGGUGUGGAGCCUCAGUCUGAAACUGUGUGGAGACAAGCUGAUAAAUAUGGUGUUCCAAGGAUCUGUUUUGUCAAUAAAAUGGACCGUCUUGGAGCCAAUUUCUUUCGAACCAGAGACAUGAUUGUGACGAACCUGGGUGCAAAACCACUGGUGCUUCAAAUCCCAAUUGGUGCAGAGGAUACUUUUAAAGGAGUUGUUGAUCUUGUGAAGAUGCAAGCGAUUGUUUGGUCUGGGGAAGAAUUGGGUGCAAAAUUUGCAUAUGAGGAUAUUCCUGCAGAUCUUCAAGAGUUGGCUCAAGAGUACAGGGCCCAGAUGAUUGAAACAAUAGUUGAGUUGGAUGAUGCAGCUAUGGAGAGCUACCUAGAAGGAAUUGAGCCUGAUGAGGCUACCAUUCAGAAAUUAAUUAGGCAAGGAACUAUUGCAAGCAGUUUUGUCCCAGUUUUAUGUGGCUCAGCUUUCAAGAACAAGGGGGUUCAGCCACUGCUGGAUGCUGUUGUCGAUUAUUUGCCCUCUCCUAUUGACCUGCCGGCAAUGAAAGGAACUGACCCUGAUGACCCAGAGUUGGUUCUUGAAAGAAGCGCUAGCGAUGACGAACCAUUUGCUGGAUUGGCUUUCAAGAUCAUGAGUGAUCCUUUUGUGGGUUCUCUUACAUUUGUCCGGGUGUAUGCUGGGAAGCUCGAUGCUGGAUCUUAUGUGCUGAAUGCAAACAAGGGGAAAAAAGAGAGAAUUGGUAGACUCCUGGAAAUGCAUGCUAACAGCAGAGAGGACGUUAAAGUAGCUUUAACCGGUGAUAUUGUGGCGCUUGCCGGCCUAAAAGAUACAAUUACUGGAGAAACAUUGUGUGAUCCGGAGAAGCCUAUUGUUCUUGAACGGAUGGAUUUCCCAGAACCCGUGAUUAAGGUUGCAAUUGAACCAAAGACUAAAGCUGAUGUUGAUAAGAUGGCAGUUGGCUUAAUUAAGCUUGCUCAAGAAGAUCCAUCUUUCCACUUUUCACGAGAUGAGGAGAUUAACCAAACAGUUAUUGAAGGAAUGGGGGAAUUGCACCUUGAAAUUAUUGUCGAUAGGCUCAAGAGGGAAUUUAAGGUUGAAGCCAAUGUUGGAGCACCGCAAGUAAACUAUCGGGAAAGCAUUUCCAAGGUCAUGGAAGUGAAAUACGUUCACAAGAAACAAUCGGGUGGCGCAGGUCAAUUUGCUGAUGUCACAAUCAGGUUCGAACCUUUGGAGGCGGGUAGUGGGUAUGAGUUCAAAAGUGAGAUCAAGGGAGGUGCAGUUCCAAGAGAAUAUAUACCAGGUGUGAUGAAAGGAUUAGAAGAAAGCAUGAGCAACGGAGUGCUGGCUGGCUACCCUGUAGUUGAUGUCCGUGCAGUAUUAGUUGAUGGUUCUUACCAUGAUGUUGAUUCAAGCGUUUUGGCAUUCCAACUGGCUGCCAGAGGUGCGUUUAGGGAAGGGAUGAGGAAAGCUGGCCCACAGAUGCUUGAACCGAUUAUGAAGGUUGAAGUCGUCACCCCUGAAGAGCAUCUGGGAGAUGUAAUCGGCGAUCUCAACUCAAGGAGAGGUCAGAUCAACAACUUUGGAGAUAAGCCUGGUGGAUUGAAGGUGGUUGAUGCUCUGGUGCCCCUUGCCGAGAUGUUCCAGUAUGUGAGCACUCUUCGAGGAAUGACAAAAGGCCGUGCUUCCUACACUAUGCAGUUGGCCAAAUUCGACGUUGUCCCUCAACAUAUUCAGAACCAGCUGGCAGCAAAACAGGAAGCCGUUGCUGCUUGAUCCCGUUUUCUGGAUUUGUAGUGGUAGCCAGUAAAAACACUGCUAUCCCAGAAGCCGAUUCUUUUUUGUGCAAAAUGAUAAGUGAGCUGCAGGUAAGAUACAGGAGAGGCAGCAUUUUAUUUGUGAACUUGCCGACUGAGUUGUGAUUAAAGAAGGCAUUUGAUUGUUCACGACUACAUUUUUACUUACACAUAUGCAUCACUGAAUAGUAGUCGGACUUGGCGAAGUACUUUUCUUCCAUCGAUCCACAGGUAAUACGAUGGCCUGUAAGGAAUGCUGUCGUAUUAGUAGCAUUUCAGUGUUCAAAUGGUAAACAGAUGAACUCAAAUUUUGUGUAUCUUUGAUUCAACAAAUGGUCAUAGAUUUGUUGGCCUUCACCUUUCAUUAUAAUAAUUUUAUCCUAUUC